AGCAAGAAAGUAUGAAACACAUCUGUUUGCAGGCGAAUAUUCUAGAUUUUAAGCGAAAUUGGCACACAUUAAGUUAAACCAAAACAAUAUAAUCAUGGAACAAUGCUAUAACAGAGGCUGUGGCCAACUCUUCGAUCCGGAGACCAACAACGAAGAAUCUUGCCGGCACCACCCGGGCGAACCUUUCUUUCACGACGCCUACAAGGGUUGGUCCUGCUGCAACAAGAAGUCGGUGGACUUCACCGAGUUCCUCAACAUCAAGGGCUGCACCUUGGCAAAGCACUCCAAUGUGAAGCCACCAGAGCCGGAGAAACCUGUUAGAGAUUCGUCCGCCGACAAGGACGAGGUUAUAGAGGUGCGGGCACCCAUCCGGGAAGCCUUGCCGCGUCCACCCGUUGACUCGCCGCUGACCGUUCUACAGCCCGCUGUGGCUCCUGCCCUGAAAGAGAUCGUUUUCGCAGCAAAAACGCCGGCUGUUCAAAAGUCCAGCGAUGCCAUCGCGGUGGGAACCAGUUGCAAGAAUAACGGCUGCACCUACUCCUUUACGGGUACCAGCAGCGACUUUGGCGAGUGCACCUACCAUCCGGGCGUGCCCAUCUUUCACGAGGGCAUGAAGUUCUGGUCCUGCUGCCAGAAACGAACCUCGGACUUUGCCCAGUUUAUGGCGCAAAAGGGCUGUGCCUACGGUGAGCAUAAAUGGGUUAAGGAGAACGACGACAAAAAGGUUGUGCAGUGCCGCUACGACUGGCACCAGACUGCCACCAAUGUGGUAGUGGCCAUUUAUGCCAAAAAGUAUGAUUACAGUCAGAGUGUGGUAGAGCUUAAUCCCAUCAGGCUGCACGUCAACCUGGUCUUUCCCGAGCAGGACAGUGCUAGGUUUGAUCUGGACCUGGAAUUGCGUGGGAUUGUCAAUGUGAGCAAUGCAAGUGCGCAUAUGUAUGGCACUAAAGUGGAGAUUACACUGCCCAAGCUGGAGCCCGGCUCCUGGUCUAAUCUGAAUUUCCCCAACAAGAAACUGCCAGCGGUUAGGAAAAGCCAGGUGGAAGAGAAGCCAAAGCAGGAGGAGAGCGAUGAGGAGUUCUUCGACUUGGAUGAUAUUAAAGCUGAGACCAGUUUCCGUCUUUCCGAAAUGAGCUUGCAGAACCCAAACAACUAAGAUUAAUAAAGAAGUUGGCAUUUAAUGUU